GCAGUGAGAAGUUAGUGGCGCUGCUGGGACGGGGGAAAGGAGACGCUUCUUCCUCCUGCUGUUCCUCUCGUUCCCCGGAUCAGCGGCGGCGGUGGCCGCGAGUGACUCGGUGGCAUCUCCGGCUCCGCGUGCGAACCAUGCUGACCGACGGCGGAGGCGGCGGCACCUCCUUUGAGGAGGAUCUGGACUCUGUCGCUCCGCGAUCCGCCCCAGCUGGGGCCUUGGAACCGCCUCCGCCGGGAGGGGUCGGGCUGGGUCUCCGCACCGUGAGACUCUUUGGGGAGGCCGGGCCGGCGCCGGGAGUCGGUGGCGGCGGCAGUGGUGCGGGCGGAGGAGAAGCGGCGCUGGAUUUCAAGUUGGCGGCUGCAGUGCUGAGGACCGGGGGUGGAGGUGGUGCCUCUUGCAGCGACGAGGACGAGGUGUCCGAGGUUGAAUCAUUUAUUUUGGAUCAAGAAGAUUUGGAUAACCCAGUGCUUAAAACAACAUCAGAGAUAUUCUUAUCAAGUACUGCAGAAGGAGCAGACUUACGCACCGUGGAUCCAGAAACACAGGCACGACUAGAAGCCUUGCUAGAAGCAGCAGGAAUUGGCAAAUUGUCAACUGCUGAUGGUAAAGCUUUUGCGGAUCCUGAGGUACUCCGGAGACUGACAUCCUCAGUUAGUUGUGCACUGGAUGAAGCUGCUGCUGCACUGACGCGAAUGAGAGCAGAAAAUAGCCACAAUGCAGGACAAGUAGAUACUCGCAGUUUGGCAGAAGCUUGUUCAGAUGGGGAUGUGAAUGCUGUUCGUAAAUUGCUAGAUGAAGGCCGAAGUGUAAAUGAACAUACAGAAGAAGGAGAAAGUCUGCUGUGUUUGGCUUGUUCAGCAGGGUAUUAUGAAUUAGCACAAGUAUUGCUUGCUAUGCAUGCUAAUGUUGAAGAUCGAGGGAAUAAAGGAGACAUAACUCCCCUAAUGGCAGCUUCCAGUGGGGGCUAUUUAGAUAUUGUGAAACUGUUACUUCUUCAUGAUGCAGAUGUCAACUCCCAGUCUGCAACAGGAAACACUGCACUAACUUACGCCUGCGCUGGAGGAUUUGUUGACAUUGUGAAAGUGCUACUUAAUGAAGGUGCAAACAUAGAAGAUCAUAAUGAAAAUGGACAUACCCCCUUAAUGGAAGCAGCCAGUGCAGGCCAUGUGGAAGUUGCAAGAGUUCUUCUAGAUCAUGGUGCAGGCAUCAAUAAUCAUUCUAAUGAAUUCAAAGAAAGUGCUCUUACACUUGCAUGCUACAAAGGACAUUUGGAUAUGGUUCGCUUUCUGCUUGAAGCUGGUGCAGAUCAAGAACACAAAACAGAUGAGAUGCACACUGCUUUAAUGGAGGCUUGCAUGGAUGGACAUGUAGAGGUAGCACGUUUGCUUUUGGAUAGUGGUGCUCAAGUAAAUAUGCCUGCAGAUUCAUUUGAGUCUCCAUUAACGCUGGCUGCCUGUGGAGGACACGUUGAAUUGGCAGCUCUACUUAUUGAAAGGGGGGCAAAUCUUGAAGAAGUUAAUGAUGAAGGAUAUACUCCCUUGAUGGAAGCUGCUCGGGAAGGACAUGAAGAAAUGGUAGCACUACUCUUAGCACAAGGAGCCAAUAUAAAUGCCCAGACAGAAGAAACCCAAGAAACUGCUCUUACCUUGGCUUGCUGUGGGGGAUUUUCUGAAGUUGCUGACUUCCUGAUUAAGGCAGGAGCUGAUAUAGAACUUGGCUGCUCCACGCCUCUGAUGGAAGCUGCUCAAGAGGGACACCUAGAGUUGGUUAAAUAUUUGCUGGCUGCUGGUGCUAACGUUCAUGCUACAACAGCAACAGGAGAUACAGCCCUAACCUACGCUUGUGAAAAUGGACAUACGGAUGUUGCAGAUGUUUUACUUCAAGCAGGGGCCGAUUUAGACAAGCAGGAGGACAUGAAGACUAUUUUGGAGGGCAUAGAUCCGGCCAAGCAUCAGGAGCAUGAAUCUGAAGGUGGGAGGACACCUUUGAUGAAAGCUGCAAGAGCUGGUCAUUUGUGCACUGUUCAGUUUCUUAUUAGCAAAGGUGCAAAUGUGAAUAGGGCUACAGCAAAUAAUGAUCACACAGUAGUGUCUCUGGCAUGUGCAGGAGGCCACCUGGCAGUUGUUGAGUUACUCUUGGCUCAUGGGGCUGACCCUACUCAUCGACUCAAGGAUGGCUCAACAAUGCUCAUCGAAGCUGCAAAGGGUGGCCACACCAAUGUUGUUUCUUACCUUUUGGAUUAUCCAAACAAUGUUCUGUCAGUUCCUACCACAGACAUGUCUCAGCUCACCCCACCUUCUUCUCAAGAUCAAUCUCAGGUUCCACGUGUACCAAUGCAUACCCUUGCCAUGGUUGUACCUCCCCAGGAACCUGACAGAACUUCACAAGAGAACUCUCCUGCCCUUUUAGGAGUACAAAAAGGUACAUCCAAGCAGAAGUCCAGUUCCCUGCAGGUAGCAGAUCAGGACCUACUGCCACCUUUUCACCCAUACCAGCCUUUGGAGUGCAUAGUAGAGGAGACCGAAGGCAAGCUGAAUGAACUGGGACAAAGAAUUAGUGCUAUUGAAAAAGCACAACUUAAGUCAUUGGAGUUAAUUCAAGGUGAACCUCUGAACAAAGAUAAGAUAGAAGAACUUAAAAAAAACAGAGAAGAGCAAGUCCAGAAGAAGAAGAAAAUACUGAAGGAACUGCAAAAAGUGGAAAGACAGUUGCAGAUGAAAACACAGCAGCAAUUUACCAAAGAAUACUUGGAGACCAAAGGUCAGAAAGACACAGUAUCUCUACACCAGCAGUGCUCUCAUAGAGGAGUCUUCCCAGAAGGGGAAGGAGAUGGUAGUCUCCCAGAGGAUCCCUUUUCAGAGUUACCUCAGGUUGACACAAUCUUGUUUAAAGAUAAUGAUUUUGAUGAUGAACAACAGUCUGCACCAUCUGCAGAACAAAUUGAUUUUGUCCCAGUCCAGCCUUUAUCAUCUCCACAGUGUAACUUUUCCAGUGACUUAGGUUCUAAUGGAACAAAUUCUCUUGAACUUCAGAAAGUAUCAGGUAAUCAGCAAAUUAUAGGUCAGCCUCAGAUUGCUGUUACUGGACAUGGUCAGGGGCUGUUAGUUCAAGAACCAGAUGGACUCAUGGUUGCGACUCCAGCUCAGACGCUUACCGACACUCUUGAUGACCUGAUAGCAGCUGUGAGUAGCAGAGUGCCCACUGGUCCAAACAGUUCCUCUCAGACCACAGAAUGUCUUACACCUGAACCCUGUUUGCAGCCUGCAAGCAAUGUGGCUCCCCAGUCUGUUCUCCCUGUGUAUCCUUCCGUUGACAUUGAUGCUCAUACUGAGAGCAAUCAUGACACAGCGUUAACACUAGCUUGUGCUGGUGGUCAUGAAGAACUUGUAUCUGUACUCAUUGCACGAGAUGCAAAAAUUGAGCACAGAGACAAAAAAGGUUUCACACCACUGAUCCUGGCAGCAACAGCAGGACAUGUCGGAGUUGUUGAAAUCCUGUUAGAUAAAGGUGGAGAUAUAGAAGCACAAUCCGAACGAACCAAGGACACUCCACUUUCCUUAGCAUGUUCUGGUGGGCGUCAGGAGGUGGUAGACUUGCUGCUGGCUCGAGGUGCCAAUAAAGAACAUAGGAAUGUAUCUGAUUAUACACCACUGAGUCUAGCUGCAUCUGGAGGAUAUGUUAAUAUCAUUAAGAUUCUGCUUAAUGCUGGGGCAGAAAUUAAUUCGAGGACUGGGAGUAAACUAGGCAUUUCUCCCCUGAUGUUGGCUGCAAUGAAUGGACACGUUCCUGCAGUGAAACUGCUACUUGAUAUGGGUUCAGACAUUAACGCCCAGAUAGAGACGAAUCGGAACACAGCUCUCACCUUGGCCUGUUUCCAAGGACGAGCAGAAGUCGUGAGUUUGCUUCUGGACCGAAAAGCCAAUGUUGAACAUAGGGCAAAAACUGGUCUUACCCCCUUGAUGGAAGCUGCUUCUGGAGGGUAUGCAGAGGUUGGAAGAGUUCUCCUCGAUAAAGGAGCAGAUGUCAAUGCCCCACCUGUGCCUUCCUCAAGAGACACUGCUUUAACAAUAGCAGCGGACAAAGGUCACUACAAAUUUUGUGAGCUCCUGAUCAAUAGGGGAGCCCAUAUUGAUGUUCGUAACAAGAAAGGAAACACACCACUUUGGCUGGCAGCCAAUGGUGGUCAUUUUGAUGUAGUGCAGUUGCUAGUGCAAGCAGGAGCUGAUGUGGAUGCAGCAGAUAACCGGAAAAUUACACCCCUUAUGUCAGCAUUUCGCAAGGGUCAUGUAAAAGUAGUUCAAUAUUUGGUGAAGGAAGUUAACCAGUUCCCUUCUGAUAUUGAAUGCAUGAGAUACAUAGCAACAAUUACAGAUAAGGAACUGUUGAAAAAAUGUCACCAAUGUGUUGAGACAAUUGUGAAGGCUAAAGACCAGCAGGCUGCAGAAGCAAAUAAGAAUGCAAGUAUUCUUUUAAAGGAACUUGAUCUGGAAAAGUCAAGAGAAGAAAGCAGAAAGCAGGCUCUGGCAGCUAAAAGGGAGAAAAGAAAAGAAAAGAGAAAAAAGAAAAAAGAGGAACAGAAAAGGAAACAGGAAGAAGACGAAGAAAACAAACCUAAGGAAAAUUCAGAACUACCAGAGGAUGAAGAUGAAGAGGAGAAUUAUGAAGAUGUGGAGCAAGAAGUUCCCAUAGAACCUCCUAGUGCAACCACCACCACCACAAUUGGAAUCUCUGCAACAUCUACAACAUUCACAAAUGUGUUUGGGAAAAAAAGGGCCAACGUGGUGACAACCCCCAGCACAAAUCGGAAAAACAAGAAGAACAAAACAAAAGAGACCCCUCCCACUGCACAUUUGAUUUCACCGGAACAACACAUAUCUUUAGCUCAGCAAAAGGCAGAUAAAAAUAAAAUAAAUGGAGAACCCAGAGGUGGUGGUGCAGGUGGGAAUAGUGAUUCAGAUAAUUUGGACAGCACAGAUUGCAACAGUGAGAGUAGUAGUGGUGGUAAAAGCCAAGAGUUAAAUUUCACUGUGGACAUGAAUUCCUCUAGUGAUAGGAGAUAUCCCUCACUGCUACUCCACUCCCAAGAAGAAAAGACGAGUACCGCCCCUUCUAAAACUCAAACACGAACUGAAAGUGAAGUGAAUCCUAAUUCUUUGUCAACAAACUACAAGUCAAUGUCAUUGCCAUUAAGCUCUCCAAACAUAAAGGUGAAUCUCACUAGCCCUAAAAGGGGACAAAAAAGAGAAGAAGGGUGGAAAGAAGUUAUACGAAGGUCAAAGAAAUUGUCUGUUCCAGCCUCAGUGGUGUCCAGAAUAAUGGGAAGAGGAGGAUGCAACAUCACUGCAAUACAAGAUGUUACUGGAGCCCAUAUUGAUGUGGAUAAACAAAAAGAUAAGAAUGGUGAAAGAAUGAUCACAAUAAGAGGUGGUACAGAGUCAACAAGAUACGCGGUUCAGCUUAUCAAUGCACUUAUUCAAGAUCCUGCUAAGGAACUGGAAGACUUGAUUCCUAAAAAUCACAUCAGAACCCCUACCAGCACCAAAUCCAUUCAUGCAAACUUCUCUUCUGGAGUAGGCACCACAGCAGCUUCCAGUAAAAAUGCAUUUCCCUUGGGUGCUCCAACUCUUGUGACUUCACAGGCGACAACAUUAUCCACGUUCCAGCCCAAUAAUAAACUUAAUAAGAACGUUCCAGCAAAUGUACGUUCUUCUUUUCCAGUUUCUCUACCCUUGGCUUAUUCCCACCCUCAUUUUGCCCUACUGGCUGCUCAAACUAUGCAACAGAUUCGGCAUCCUCGCUUACCCAUGGCCCAGUUUGGAGGAACCUUUUCACCCUCUCCUAACACUUGGGGACCAUUCCCAGUGAGACCUGUGAAUCCUGGCAACACAAGUAGCUCUCCAAAACAUAAUAAUACAGGCCGUCUACCUAGCCAGAACGGGACAGUUUUGCCCUCAGAAUCUGCUGGACUAGCUACUGCCGGUUGUCCUAUCACUGUCUCUUCUGUAGUUGCUGCCAGUCAGCAACUGUGUGUGACUAAUACCCGGACUCCUUCAUCAGUCAGAAAGCAGUUGUUUGCCUGUGUGCCUAAGACAAGUCCUCCAGCAACAGUGAUUUCUUCCGUGACCAGCACUUGUAGUUCCCUGCCUUCCGUCUCCUCUGCACCUAUCACUAGUGGGCAAGUUCCUACCAGCUUUCUGCCCCCAAGUACUCCUCAAGCACAGCUUUCUUCACAAAAGAUGGAUUCUUUCUCUGCCAUGCCAGCUCCCAAAGAGAAGGUGUCCACACAGGACCAGCCCACAGCAAACUUGUGUACUCCAUCUUCAACUGCAAAUAGUUGCAGUAGCUCUGCCAGCAACACCCCAGGAGCUCCAGAAACUCACUCAUCUAAUAGUCCUACUCCUCCCUCUAAUAACACACAGGAGGAGGCACAGCCAUCCAAAGGGUCAGAUUUAAGUCCUAUGUCAAUGCCUUUUGCAUCUAACUCAGAACCUGCUCCAUUGACUUUGGCAUCACCCAGAUUGGCUGCUACUGAUAAUCAGGACACCAAUAAUUUACCUCAGUUAGCUGUACCAGCACCUCGAGUUUCUCAUCGAAUGCAGCCCAGAGGUUCUUUUUACUCAGUGGUACCAAAUGCAACUAUGCACCAGGAUCCCCAGUCUAUUUUUGUUACAAAUCCAGUUCCUCUAACACCACCUCAAGGCCCACCAGCUGCAGUGCAGCUUUCUUCAGCUAUGAACAUUAUGAAUGGUUCUCAGAUGCACAUUAACCCAGCAAAUAAAUCUUUGCCACCUACAUUUGGCCCAGCCACACUUUUCAAUCACUUCAGUAGUCUUUUUGAUAGCAGUCAGGUGCCAGCUAACCAGGGUUGGGGAGAUGGUCCAUUGCCCUCACGAGUUGCUGCAGAUGCUUCUUUUACUGUUCAGUCAGCAUUCCUAGGUAACUCUGUACUUGGACACUUGGAAAACAUGCACCCUGACAACUCGAAGGCACCUGGCUUCAGACCACCUUCCCAACGAGUUUCUACUAGUCCAGUUGGGUUGCCAUCCAUCGAUCCAUCAGGCAGCUCCCCAUCUGCCACUUCUGCUCCUUUGACAAGUUUUUCAAGCAUACCAGGAACGCGAGUUUUCCUGCAAGGGCCAGCUCCAGUUGGGACUCCUAGUUUCAACAGACAACAUUUUUCUCCCCAUCCUUGGACAAGCGCCUCAAACUCAUGUGACUCUCCUAUUCCAUCUGUUUCUUCGGGAUCAUCUUCACCUCUUUCAGCCACUUCUGCCCCGCCAACAUUGGGCCAACCAAAAGGAGGCAGUGCCAGUCAGGAUCGAAAGAUACCUCCCCCCAUUGGAACAGAGAGACUGGCCCGGAUUCGUCAAGGCGGGUCUGUUGCACAAGCCCCUGUGGGAACCAGUUUUGUCACUCCUGUUGGACACAGUGGAAUCUGGUCAUUUGGUGUCAAUGCUGUGUCAGAAGGCUUAUCAGGUUGGUCGCAGUCUGUGAUAGGAAACCAUCCAAUGCAUCAACAAUUAUCAGACCCAAGCACAUUCUCCCAGCAUCAGCCAAUGGAGAGAGAUGAUUCUGGAAUGGUAGCCCCCUCUAACAUUUUUCAUCAGCCUAUGGCAAGCGGUUUUGUGGAUUUUUCCAAAGGUCUGCCAAUUUCCAUGUAUGGAGGCACCAUAAUACCCUCUCAUCCUCAGCUUGCUGAUGUUCCAGGAGGCCCUCUGUUUAAUGGACUUCACAACCCAGAUCCUGCUUGGAACCCUAUGAUUAAAGUUAUCCAAAACUCAACUGAAUGCACUGAUGCUCAGCAGAUUUGGCCUGGCACGUGGGCACCUCAUAUUGGAAACAUGCAUCUCAAAUAUGUCAACUAAUUUAGAAGGUCUUUACUCUUUAGCCUUGUUUGAGAAACCUAUGACCUUGGAAGAACCCUGGGGAUUUUUUUUUUAAUGUGCCUAACUAAGAAAUUUUCUCUGAGGCUUUAGCAAUGGAAAUUUGAUUGCCCAUUGUAUAAGAACAAAUUGAUUUCCUAUCCACCUGAUUAUGUUCUCUGGUUAGUUUAGCCAUUUUGAAAUUAAGAUCAGAGGAACUUAGUGCUUUUGGCUAAACAUACUGAAUGCUAUUUGUAUGCAGAAGAGAAUUAGAUGAUUACAUGUUUCAACGUUUUAGGGUGGUAAAUACAUGUAUAAUUGUUUACAUACUUAAAAGGAAAAAAUUGAGUAAAUUUCUUGUCAUAUAGUGGCUCUACUUAAUGUAGCCUGUAUUAAUGUGAAAUAUUUACCAGAAUAUUCAAUAAAAAGAUGAACAGUGUUUAGAAGUGGGGUGUGAUCCUUUCAGUAGUCAUACAGGUACCACCCAAUCCACAAAUCAUGUUGAACCAGGUUGAUAAUACUGUAUUUAUAACAGGCUUCUCAAGUGUGACACUUCAGAGUCUAUUCUUAGACUGUCUUUAAAAAGCUCUUUUAAGAUUUGUUAUCUGCCUGUUCUGUGUUAAACAUUCCUUUUCCCUUGUUGUCUUCCAUAUCAUCUUCCAUGUGAAAAAGUUUCAAACCCCAGCAGUUUAUCUUAUCUGACUUUAGCAGAUAAGCCAUUGAUACAGUUUAACUCUUCAGGGCUUAUGAGUAUAUUAAUAAGAACAAUGGGAUUUAAAUCAGAUGACACUGAACAAACUUAGGGACACUCAAAUCAUCAACUUCAGGUUCCUUUGUGCUUCCAAAUUUUUUUAUCUAAAAGAUUUAUUCAAUUAUAAGUGUUUUAAGUUCUGUAUGAGUUGGGGCAAGAAUGGGGGUGACUCCUGUAAUUCUUUUGUGUCGUUGAAGCAGCUGAGUAAUGUUUAUAAAUAUGUGACUAAUUCUGGGCUUAGUUCCAUGGCCCCAAGAAUGAAGAGCCAGUAUGUUUAACAAGCUAAACACAGGAACACUGGAAUGAGUUUGCUUUGGCCAAACCAUAUGCCGUGCCAAGAAUCUGAUGCAAUAGACAAGGAAAUGCUGUUCCACUGAUUAGAAUAGUCAUCAACUUGUUCAUGUAUUUUCAUGCAGUUGAAUUUCCUGGUCUUGUAUAGGCCGUCUAAAAAAGAAAACAACAGAAUGUUUGGGGCUGAUAGAGAAGCCAAAAUGCUUAUCAAGGCAAAGGAAGAUGCAUAGACAUAUAGGAGUAACUAGGGAAAGAGCCAUAUAAGCUGCACUCUUCUACUGUCAUGCCAACAAGAGUUCUUAAUUUUCUCUGCCUAGCACCCAGAUCAUACACAUCAUGUUUGUUCUGCAUUAGACAUAUCUGGUUCCUUUGUCUUCUGUAUCAUCUUACAGAUGAGAGAGCUUCUUUGAACUCAUUUCUUAUUUUGUAUUUUGAAUUGAUUUGGAGUGUAUCACUGGUGUGGAAGCUGCCACCUUUGUAGUACUUGAUAACUGCAUCAAGUAUUUUCAAGAGGCCUUCUGACCACUUUUUGGGGAGACAAAAGACCCCUUGGAUCACCUACAUAUCUUGCUGGUCCCACUUGCCACUAAUAAAAAAAAUUACACUUUAUGAGUGAAAUGAAUGAAACUACUCUAGAUGAAAUGUACACUAGUGAGGUAAUAUUAAAGUAAAUUAUUCAGUGAACCAAAAAGGUGAGUUUUGUUCUACCUUAACUAUCUGCAAUACAUUUGGAUUGUCUGAAGAAGCCCUUAAGCCCAUAUUCUGCACUCUGAGGACAACAGAAAGAGAAUUUUUUAUUUCUAGUCAGCUAAAAACCAUGAGGCAAAAAGAAAGCAAUUAUGAGAAAGCCCUAGGAAGAUUAGAAAGAAACGGGAAAUAUGGGUUGGGAGGAGUUCUUUAGGAUACUCUCCUCCCUUCCCUCUUAUCAGCACUGCCUUCCUUUCUUUUUCACUGUUUGGAUCCCAGUAGCCUACUCCCUACCCCAUUUUGCCUGCUACAAUCUCUUCUUCCUCUGUCUGCCUCUUCCUGACAUUACUUUACUGCUAUUUUACCAUCCUGAACAUUGGAUAAAACCUAGCUCAGGUAAGAACUUAAUUAUUUUCAAAAUAUACAAGGGAUUUGGGAGGGGGAUGGAAUGGUUAAGUGGAAUAAGAGUCAGAAGCCUAAGUUCUGUUUUUAGUUCUGCCACUGCCAAGCUUUAGGCAAGUCAUUUCACCUUUAUAGGCUUCACUUUCCUCAUUGGAAAAUGAACUUAAAUGAAUUAAAAACAUCCCAUGGUUCUAACACAGAUUUUUUUUUCUUCUUAUGAAUGAGAAUAUAAGGUAUGAGGAUAAUGGAAAUCAUUAGAAUGUUUAUAGUGCUGAGAUUUGAGCACCCCUACUGUUGGUUCUGACAUGGAACCAAAAGCCUGCUGUGGGGCCAGUAUUGACUUUGAGAUUUUAGCAGAGACAGAAGAAAGCCUUGCAUAUCCUAGAAAGACCUCAUGUCAUUAAGAAACAUUCUGCUGAGGCACAGAUCAAAUCCCAUGACAGUAACAGCUCUUUCAAGGAAUAAAACUAUAUCUUCAAGGUUUCUGGACCCACUUAUUUCAAGUAGUGUUCAAUGUAAUAAAAUUUUACCACCAAUAAAAUUACUGACUGUUUUUAGACCCUUUAAACCUACUGUGGCUACAGUGUGCUGAC